AUGGCACCGAAGCUCUUGAGAGCCCUCCUUGACGAUCCAGGGUCAGUGGGCCUCAACGAAGUCGUUUGUGCUUGCUGUGCGCCUGCGCAAGUGGUAGCUGGCGGUUGCACCGCUGCUGCCAACUACAGAUGCGAAGCUGCAGGGCGUAGCUUUGCUGCUCGAUUCGAGGCUACUGAUGGCCAGUCGUCUCCGAGUGAGAGCGACCAAGCCGAGGAGGCUGAGGUUGGUGAGGACUACACCACAGGCAAGGGCCAGGACAAGUCCUCCGGUGGGUACUUGAAGAUCAGUGACCUACUGAAAGGAGUCAAUCUCUACAAUCUCAUGGGCAUUUCGGAGGGUGCCUCGCAGGACGAGAUCAAGAAGGCCUACAGAGGCUUGGCCCUGACAGCGCAUCCGGACAAGCAGGCUGCAAUGAAACCAGACGAAGCCAAGCAGGUGCAAGAGAACUUCGUGAAGAUCCAGGAAGCUUACGAGCUCCUUUCCGACCAAUCAAAGCGGAAACAAUACGACUCCAGCUUGGACUUCGAUGAGAGCCUUCCCAAGUUUCGCCCGGACAGCGGCCAGGACUUUUUCCAGGUCUUCGGCGAGGUGUUCCGCCGGAAUGCUCGUUUCUCUAUGAAGCGCCCAGUUCCCGAGUUGGGAAGCUUGGAGGAGUUUGUGCGCGGUUUUGCUGUGCCAGACUCCAGCCGGAAUCUUAGCCAGGACGAGCCUCGAGUAUGGAAGCGUAUGGCUUUCAAUCAUGGAGAGAUCCAGCUCGAUCCUUACAAGCAUGGAUCGCAGCACAUCCAGCCAGGGAAUGGUGUUCGGCACGCAAUAUGUGACGAGGUGAUGCUCGCACAGAAAGCUGGCGAGGAGAUCUGUGACCUUGAGGAAGCAGAGUGCCGCGAAGAGAGCAGCGGCGGGCUGGGGCUGGGGCCAGGGCACGCAGUGUCCACGCACUGGGAGGCGCUGGAUGAUGAGGGAGAACCAGCGUGUUUGGCCGAGUCCUUCGAUCCUCGCAUUCAGGCAGAGAAAGAGGCCAAGCGACUGGCUCGCGAAGCAGAGACUGCUCGACGAGAGGAGGAGCGAAUGGCUGCCAAGCGAGCCAAGGAAGAGGCUGAGCGGCAGCAGCGCGAAGCCGAAGAAGCGCUCCGCCUGGCAGAGGAGCAGAAGCGGAAAGAGGAGAAGGCCAAGAGGGAGGCCGUGAAGGAACGGGUGAAGAAGUGUCGGCAGCGGCUCCGAAGCUUCCAUCCGGCCGUCAAGGACCAUGUGGUUCUCGAGCAGCUGAACGAAGUGUGCUUGCAGUUCAGCGAAGAGCAGUUGAGGGAGUUGGGCAACCAGAUCGAGGAAACCUUGAAGGAAAGUAGCCCCCUUGCAGCGGCCAACAUCUUCCACAAGGCGAUCGAGUCCAUCGGCCUUACCCCAAUGAAGGUGAGCGAAGACACAGCCAGCACCACAAGCGGCCCAACCGACUCCCAGGAGGAGGCGCCGAACCAGCGCGAGUCGAGCGAAGAACGACGGAGAGCCAAAGAGAACCAGGCCAAAAUGCGAAUAGUUGAAGAGCAGCAGGCAGCAGAAAAAGCUCGAUUGGCCGCUGAGAGGGCAGAAGAAAAAAAGAAAAAAGAGGAACAGCGAAGAAAGGAUGCCGCCGCAGCGGAGGCUGCUAGGCGGCAGCAAGAAAAGAAAGAAGAGUUGAAAGCAAAAAAGGCAGAAGAGAAGCAAAAGAAGCAGGAAGACGAGGAGAAGGCUCGAAAAGAGCAGCAGCGUGAAUUGGCCAAGCAAAAAGCACAGGAACAGGCACAGAAAGACCGACAGGCCGCCCAAGCGGAGAAGGAGAAGCUGGAGUUGGAGCGGCUGAUCAACCUCUUCGCCAAGGACAGAUUAGACAGGCUGGCCAAGCUUGAACCUCUCUCGGAUGAGAAGCUGGCGGCCUCUCUACAAACAGAAACUGAGGACAGCUCCCUCGCGGGUGCGCUUCUGAUGGUGAAGGACAAGCUCGUGACCUGUGAGGACAGCGACUCGGACCCACUGGAGCGAGCCAUCGCCCUUGUCAGUGAAGCGGCUGGGGGCAGGGGCGUCUGGCCCCUGGCCUUGACGGCCCCCGCGCACCUGCGCCUCGAGAAUGCACUCCGCAACCGGGUGAAGAAGGCCCGAAACCGCCUGAGAGAGGCAGUGAGCUCCUUCUUGAAGUCGUCUAAACUGCCAAAUGCCGAUCAGAACGCUGUCACGGAGUGGCAGCGCGGCAUUGUGGAUGGCACGCUUGAGCUGCCCCCUUGGUCGCCGCAGGAGUCGGAGCCGAAGGCAGCAGGCACCGAGAAGAAAAAGAAGGAGAAGCCGGUGGAGGAGGACUUGGAUCAGAUUUUGGCGGAGUUCGACAGCUCACCACCCAAAAGCAAGAAGCCGGGCAAGAAGAAGAAGUGA